GGAGAGAUUGGUAACUAAGCUAAAAUCCAACAUGGCGGCCGAAGUUCCACAACAACCGGUGAAAAAAACUUUAUCAAAAAAUCUCAUGGAAAUGAAGUUCAUGAAAAGGAAAGCAGAAACAGACUAUCGUCGCCAGCUCGAAGAAGAACGACAGCGUGCCAUCGAAGAAUCACAUUGGGUGCUGAAUGGACAAGAACAAGAAGAUAGAAGUUGCAUUGAAUUUGAACCAAGUUAUGUACACUGUGAAGAACUUUACCCAAAUGGAAGGAUGUCUUUUAAAAACUUUAACCCAACAGUUGAAAAAAUGUUUAAAGAAAUGAUAGCUGAAGAAGAUUUAGCACAAUCAGAGGCAAGAGAAAGGGAAGAAACUGUCUCUGAUGAGGAGAUGGCUCAAAGAUAUGAAAACCUUGUGGGAACAGUAGCCAAGAAAUUCACAACAAAAAGGAAAAGAUCAUCAAUUGGCACAACUUGUGAACCUGACAGUCCAUGUUCAAACCAACCAUCAAAGAAAAUGAAACAUGGAUUUAUGAAACCCAGAGACUAAAAAAAAAGUUGACGAUAAAAGUAUUGUUCACUAGUUAGCCUGCUUGUUGGACAGUUUCAGUUCCCUGUUCUUCAAUCUCAGUCAGUGUUGGUCUGUUCAAUUAUCAGUUUAGGUACUAGUGUAUUAUCUAUACAAGUUUUUACAAGUAUAAUUAUUAGUUUGAAAGAAUUAUUAGCGGAACAAGAAAGUGCUAUGAGAUCUUGGGUUGGCAUUGUUUUGUUAAUUACUGAGAUUAAUGGAUAGCAGAUAACAUUCUUAUUUAUUAUAAAAUGAAAUAGUUUAAGCCUUGUUUAUAAAUAUUGUCUACAUAGUUUUCUUUUAAACUGACAAUUUUUGAUCUGACAUAUAGAUUAAUAGUGGUGAAAUAAGCAGUGACACCACACAAGAACAUUUGUGUCUGUAUAAGGCAAGAAUUUUAAUCAAUGUUGUAAGGGUUGAAUGUGGGGCAUUGAGCACUAUAGGGUUUCAUAUAUCUUAUAAAUAAAAUCUUGACAAAGUGGUAAGAGGCUUUCAAGUGAAAGUACACCAUUGAUAAACAGAUUUUAGUUGAACUCCUAAAUUUAGAGCAUGAACAAGAAAAGUCUCCAAAAGCAUUUUUUUUGUUCCAUACAUCUACUUAAAAGUCAAUUGAUUUGAAGAAAGAAAGGAAACUAGUGUGUCGUAGUAUUCAAAUAUUGGAAGUUUUUCAAGCAAAGAAAUACAUUUUUUAUAGUAUCCAUUAAAGCUGGGUGAUGGUUUGUAUGAAGAA